AUGUCUGCAAAUAUCACUGAACGUUGUAUAAUAUUUGGUACUGCAUUAUACGUUUAUACCAGACUGAUUAGAGCAUUUGCAACCAGUGAAAUUGGAAAAAUCGAAGGUUUAAAUUUGAUAAUCUUAUCAAUAUGGACUUGGUGCACACAUUCGAUUGGAUCUCCUGUUUCAAAUAAGGAUGAGAAGAUUUCACAUAAAUUAUGGGGGACUGAUGAAAAAUGUUAUAGAUGUUUCACAUUCGGAGAGAUGGCAGUAGUGGCACAAGCAAUUACAUUGUUGAUAAUUGAAUCAUUUAUUGUGACAAUAAAUAAGUUUGAAUUGAUUGAUUUACCACCUUUUAGAAGUCAUGUACCAUCAGAAAUGACCAUUUUUCAAUUAGCACUUAUUCUUGGAAUGUUUUUGAUCGGAUUUACUUUAUCAAGUUUGUUAUUACAUUCUCGAUACUUAGCACAAAUACCUAAAUGGAAGAAAAAAUGUGUUGAAAAUAUAGAAAACAAAAAGAAAUGGGUAGCAAUUUUAAUAUAUUGUGGUACAUUGAUUAUGGUAUUCCUGAUAGGAAAAUGGUUACAAAUUUUUUUGUUAGAAGAUCCCUUUGCAUGUUAUCGGAAAACAGUUUCAUUGAACACAAAAAGAAAAUAUUUUCAUGGUUUGGCUAUGAUCAUGUUUAUUCCUGGAUGUUUAUAUGAGCCCAAAUUUAUGCACUUGGCAUUUAGUGUUGCGUUUGCAGCUCUUAUCUUUCUAGAAUAUUUAAGAUACUUUGCUGUUUAUCCAUUUGGAAAACAAUUACAUUUAUUUCUAAAUGAAUUCUUGGAUCAACGUGACUCAGGACCAAUAAUAACAAGUCAUUUGUAUUUAUUGAUAGGAUGCGCUGGAUGUAUUUGGUUAAAAGGGAAUUCAAUCCUUGCAAAUCUUUCGGGUAUAUUGACGUUAGGCCUUGGAGAUUCUAUGGCUUCAGUGAUUGGUAGAAGGUAUGGUUGUCAUAAAUGGCCAGGCACAUCUAAAACAGUUGAAGGAUUCGUUGCAUUCAUUUUUUUUCAAUUAUUGGGUGUAUUUGUUUUAUCAAAAUUUUGGAUGGCUGAUAAUAUGUGGCCAAAGAAUGAAAAUUGGACUACUUAUACAAUAAAAGUAUCAUUGAGUGGAUGGCGUUUAAAAGGUCGCCACGUACUUAUUAUAGGCGGGAAUCAUAUCAUUGCAAACAGAAUAGAAUUUAUUUUAGACACCGAACCUGAAAAAAUCACCUUGAUCUCUCCCAAGCAAAAGAUCACUUCUAAUAAAAUAACCAACUAUAUUAAUGAUGAUUUGGUUAUAUAUAAAAAUAAAGAGUUUCAUGUAGAUGAUUUGACCACUGAAAAGAUUGAUUUGAUAUUAGUGUCUAUUGAUAAUGAUUUAAAAUUAUCUGAAAAAAUAGCUGCAACUGCUCGUGAACAAAAAAUACCAAUUAAUGUUGCUGAAUUACCACAACUCUGUGAUUUCUGGUUUAUGCCAACAUAUCGUGAUGGAAAUUUACAAGUAGCUAUUUCAACAAAUGGCACUGUGCCUCACGUGGCUCAAAAGCUUAGACAACAUAUAAUUGAAAAUAUACCAAAAAAUAUUUCAAAUGCUAUCGGAAAUGCUGCUUUAUUAAAGCAACUUGUUGGUACAGCAAAUAUAUCAACACUUAGAAAAAUUGCUGAUAAAUUAUCACUUGAUCAACUUGCUCAAUUAUCAGAACCUGAAAUUAAAAAAUUAAUUGGAACAAAUGAGUCCAAUGAUAAUGAUUUGAUUUCAAUUUCAAAAUCAAUUUUAUCAUUGAAAUCAAAAAUAGGCAUUGAAAUUAAUGCUCAUGAAGGUGGUGGAUUGAAACUUGUGAAUGGUAGUGCAGCUAUAGAACAUGUAGCUUAUGCUUUAACUAGCUCUAUUUUUAUUUAUCCAGCUACAAGAUCAUACUACCUUGGUGAAUUAAGUUUAUAUUGGUCUUCACAAUCACUCAAUAAUGCAUUUGGAGAAAUUAAUCACGUAAUAAAGGCUGAUACUCGUUUUGGUGCAUCUACCAUGGUUUUUGGUGCUGCGUCAAAUGUCAAAAGAAUUUCAGCAUUUGCAUCAUCUCAAUCUAUCAUCCCUAUGAUACCAAAUUUCUAUGGGAUCGUUGAUGAAAAAAUACCAUUUGUGAUUCACGUAUCAGCAUUAGAUAAUGAUGAUCAGAUGAAUUAUUAUGUGAAUUAUCAUAAUUUGCUAAUUGCACACGAAACUGGAUUUGGUAUAAUUAAUUCAUAUUCAAUUCAAGAAGCCCACGAUAUUGCAUUGAUAACUCAUUUGGCAUCAGUUUAUUUAAAAACACCUUUUCUACAUGUUUUUGAUGGAUUAAAAGUUUUAAAUGAAUCAACAAAAAUAAAUUUAUUAUCAUACUCAAACAUUCUAAGGUUAAAUAAAGAAUUAUUAAAUAUGACAGAGAACUUGAAAUCUUUUGAUGAGAAUAAUGAUGAUGAUAAG